UUAAUUUAUUUUGAAUGUGCUAAAAUGAAUAAACAUUGACAUAACCUUUUUAAGUUAUGAGUGCUAAUAGUUUUAAAAAUGUCCAAAUUACGACACUUGUUUAAUAUAUCGUACUGCCGGUAUUAUAGUAUUCAGCAAGCAAAGAAAAAGUUGCCUAUAAUAUCCUGCAAACGUCCAGAGUAUAAUCAUUAUGAGGGACAAACAUAUCGUAAAUUCGAUGGCAUUAAAUUAGCGUCCCAAGGUUGGCUGAGUUCUAAAUCAAAGAAUGAUCACUUUACUAUCUAUUAUGACGCAAAUAAAAAGGAAGAAAAAGAGGUAUACAGAAAGAGUUUUGAGGAAAUUGGCGUUUGUAAUGAGCUAAGUGAGAUUAUGAUUGCUCAGGGAUUUGAAUUACCAACUUUAAUACAGACAAAAGCCAUUCCGUCUAUUCUUGAAGGAUAUAAUUCAGUUAUAACAGCGGAGACUGGUUGUGGCAAAACAUUGGCUUACUUAUUGCCAAUUAUUCAGCAUAUUUUAGAAUGGAAACCUCACAUGAAAGAGGAAUUCAAUAGUCCUUUGGCUGUUGUCUUAACUCCUAGUAGAGAACUAGCAAGUCAAAUAGGCCAAGUUGCGGAGAAUAUAGCACAAAGCUUCAACAUCAAUGUAACAACUUUAAUUGGAGGGAAGACUAAGCAAAAAAUCCUGAACCCUCCGAUUGAAUACUCUGACAUUCUUAUCACGACUCUCGGAGCAUACAGCAAGUUGGUGACAACUGGCAUCCUAAAGGUGCACAAUGUACAUCAUGUGGUACUUGAUGAAGCUGAUACAUUACUUGAUGAUAGUUUUAUUGGGAAAGUAGAGAAUUUGUUGAAAAAGUUUGGGAUUCAGUAUAAAGUUCAAAUUCAAGCCCCCCCAGUGGGGUGUCAGUUGACCCUGGUGAGUGCCACCAUGCCCCAUGAGCUGCCGGAAGCUGUCAACUCCUUUGUAGACCCUCAGUCCUUGAGGACGAUUACCACAAGUAAUAUACACAAGUUACUGCCACAUGUGCCACAAAAAUUCCUUCGUCUUGGAAAAGCACAAAAACCUAUGGAAUUGCUGAAACUAGUCCAAGCAGAUGUCAACCAGAAGAGACCUGUAAUGAUUUUUUCCAAUAAGACAUCAACAUGCGACUUUGUCUCCAUGUUUCUAAAUGAAAAUAACAUACAAUGUGUCAAUAUUAACGGUCAAAUGGCUGUUCCACUGAAGCAAGGAAAGUUUGAGUUGUACAACAAUGGUUCCGUUAAUGUUCUGUCUUGUACAGAUAUUGCUUCACGUGGAUUAGAUACAAUACGGACCCGUCACAUAAUCAACUAUGAUUUCCCUCUUUACAUUGCUGAUUACAUUCACCGUUGUGGAAGGACGGGACGCAUUGGUUCCACUAACGAUUGUACUGUCACCAACUUUGUUGCAUGGCCAAGGGAGAUAAACAUAGUCCAGAAAAUAGAAACCUCUGUCAGGAAGGGUAUUGACCUGCCAAAUGUCAACGCCAACAUACGGAGGCAGAUCGAAGACAGAAUUGCUAGGAUGACAGGAGCUGGAAUUUAACACAUUCAAUGAAGCUUUUAUUUGUAAAAAAGCAAAUUUAUAACUCGAUGGCACUUGUGUUAAACGAAUAGGUAUAAGA